UGUUUACAUUUUUUAUUUUUCCAAAAUGAAAAUCAUUUAAGAUUUUCAAUCCUCAAAAGAAAAAGUAAGAGGAAAAUUCCGCGUGCAGUUAAGCUAAAAAGGGUUCUAAUUCGCUAGUUCCUCAACGGUCUGGAGCCCUUGUUUGGCUCCUGAGCGUUACCUCGUAAGACGGUAUUGUAAAGUAUCCCUAUUCUCUCUAAAAUAUGUUCGUCUAUUUUUCCUCAAAUCAAUUUGUACGUGUUUACUUUGUGAAUAUCCAUUGGUGCUGUGAGCAAUGAAAACGGUGGUGUAGUAAUGUGUUUCAUGGCGAAUGAUCCUGGACGUUUGGAUAAUCUACGUAACGGGAGUAAAGAAGCGGAGUCGGAGCCGGAGCUUUGGCGGGGGGCGAACGUGUGCGAGGUGUGCAACAAGCGGUUCUCCCGGCGGGACUCCCUCUACAAGCACCGCAAGAUGCACACCGGCUCCACGCAGUGCUCCAUCUGCCGGGUGAACCUCAGCCGGAAGGCCCACCUCAAGCGCCACCUCCUCCGCGUCCACAACCUCGCCCUCCAGGAGAACGCCGCCCGGGGCCCCUCCCCCUUCUCCGUCCUUGCCCUCACGCCCGCCACCGACGCCACCGACGUCGACGCCGACGCCUCCGACGAUGAAGACGCCCUCAGGGCCAGCCCUCGCCUCGGCCACAUCGCCGUCUAAUCCUCGCUGUCUCACAGAAGGACCUAACUACAAUGGACCACUAGACAAGGUACGAAUUGAGGCAUUCUGAUACUUGUUUCUUAACUAAAAUUUCACGUAGAACC